AUGUCCUCCAAGUACGCUUUCACUAAGGGUCUGAAGGAGCUGCGCUUCCUUUUCUGCCAGACCUCUCAGGAAAGCGCCGCUACCCGGUCGUUCCUGCAGCGCGCCUAUCCCACCAUGAAGAAGCACAAUCCCUCCACUCCUAUCCUGAUUCGCGAGGCAGCUGGUACUGUGCCCAGAGUGUACGCCAGAUACGAGCUCGGAAGAGAGAAGCAGGAAGCCUUGACCGGCUUGACGGACCAGCAGGUCGAAGAGAAGAUUACCCAAUUGGUGAAGGCGUCUUCAUAA